UCGCAACCCUCGUUAGAAUUCGUCCAACAGUAUAGUUUUUUGAUAGUUCACAACGAAAACAUAUAUUAUAUACGAACGAGUAUUUUCCGUUAUAUGGAAAAUAAAAUGCAGUCAACUGCAAUAUAGUGUCUUCGCAAGUGCAUUAAGUGUUCCCGAGUUUUGUUUCGUUUUUACUAUUAUAUUGAAAAAUAAAUGUGAAACGAUGUCGUCGUGUUACAGUGGUUUUGAUGAUCGUUCUUAUGACGAGGAGUUUGACGAUACGUCAUCGGACAGUGGUUUCGAAAAAAGUUUUGAACUCAAUCACGUAUCGCGUAAAUUGAAUUUCGAUCAAGACAUUCACCUACCUCAGACAAUCAACAACAACAACUCAUUCUCCCCAAAUUUAACCGAAUUUAAACCAAACUUGGGAUUACAAACGUCCACACCGACAAAACAGCCGGACAAACCGAAAAGAAAAUACGCCGUUGGAAAAAACCGAAUGACGCGAACAAGAAGCCCAACUCAAGUACUUCGCAUCAAGAAAAAUCGACGAAUGAAAGCGAAUGAUCGUGAACGUAAUCGAAUGCAUAUGUUAAAUGAAGCAUUGGAAAAACUUCGACUGGCUCUACCCACCUUUCCCGAAGACACCAAAUUAACCAAAAUUGAGACGUUACGUUUCGCUCACAAUUACAUCUUUGCGCUGGAACAGGUCUUGGAGAACGGUGGAUCUAUCAAUUUGGAUUUGGAGAAGUUACAAAGUAUCACCUUAAGCGGCGAAAGAUUUACCAAAGAAAUGUUUGAAGCGGUUUUCGUAAAUCCCAGCUCAUGUCAAAUGAAUGCAACGUUUUCCACUUGUGAUUUCUACAGUAGUAUGCAUCAAUAUGGUAUAACGAUGCAACAGCCGAUACAUGAAGAGAGUACAACAUUUUCACGACAGAACUACGACUUAUUCAAAGGAACGUUCGAAGCAGCUUUAAACUCAAGCGUUCAUUCGCCAUCGACACACCAAACUAGUUAUGGAAGUAAUUCCAGUGUGGAUAGUGGUGUCGCAAUUAAACAUGAGGAUUAUUUUCGGGGUUAUUCGCAUCAUCAUCACAAUCAUCAGAGUGCACAUCAAAAUAGUAGUUUUUAUGCGAAUACGCCACCUUGGAAGGAUUAUAAUGAACAGAUUUUGAACAGCUACGGACAGUUUCAAUCGCUUUGAAUCUACAUUAGUGAAAAAAGGUAAUUCGAUCAUUAUUCUAGUCACUAGAUAUUUAUAAGCUUGAAGUGGGUGGUAUGCAUUCAAGAUAUCAGCAAAUGACAUACAAUGUAUUGUUCCGAUUUUUCCCUUUAGUUAUUCACAUUUUAUCUGGAUCUAACCGAUUUGAUUUUUUGCAUUCCUAAAUAAACAGUAAUUUUUCACAAACAUUUAUGAAAAUGAAAAUUUGAUUUUUUUUAUACAAACACAUUGCAUCUCAUUUGCUUCGAUAUUUUUCAUGUGCCUAUCAUCACAAUUAUACUAGAUUAAAUCUUUGAACAAUUGCGAAACGAGAUUUUCGGCGUGUUGAAUAUCUCAAUAAUAUUUUUAAGAUUUUUAAGAGUAAGA